AGGUAUUUUUUUUUUUUAAUUUUCUUCAAAAAAAUGUCAGCGGCAAAAAAAUGUGUGAACAGAUUUUACAAGGAAAAUAAGGUUUAAAAAAAACCAAAUAUUUGCGUUUGUUUCACCCUCAAAGAAAAAACACACACUAAUUUGUUCCUCAAAGGAGUACCUAGUAUUUAUGAGAACCGUCAGUAUUUAUCUUUUUCAUUAAAUUCUUUUUCAAUUUGGACGCAACAAAUACUCACAGUGAGUGUGUGUGGCGGGAGAGAGUGGUGAGAGAGCGCUUGCAGUGGGGCAAAAUGGAGACUGUAAUUAGCUGCGGAAGAGUGGCUCUUUCCCCCAAUCAAGCCUUCCACCCAACAUCCGGGGAUAGAUACUCACUCCAUAAACAGUGGGCGAACAGAAGCACACUGACGUCAAUGCCAAUUGCUGGUCUGGGGAAAGGUGGUGGGGUUUUGGACAAACCGGUAAUAGAAAAAACAACUCCAGGGCGAGAAUCUGAGUUUGAUUUGAGGAAGUCUAGGAAAAUGUCCCCACCUUAUCGCGUGCUGCUGCACAAUGACAACUACAAUAAAAGGGAGUAUGUUGUGCAAGUAUUGAUGAAGGUUAUACCUGGGAUGACUCUUGACAAUGCCGUCAAUAUUAUGCAAGAAGCACAUCACAAUGGCCUCUCCGUUGUGAUAAUAUGCGCUCAAGCCGAUGCAGAAGAACACUGCAUGCAGCUUCGAGGCAACGGUCUUUUGAGCUCGAUUGAGCCCGCGAGUGGUACUUGUUGAGAGAAUGGCACCGGACACUGCAUAUAUGUACAUAUCAACAGUUGGAAGUUCAAUUACUUCUAUCUUUGAUCACUAUAGUUACAGAUGAGGGUAUGCAGACAAUACAUUUAGCUCUUAAUAGUAUCUCGAUUAUCUACUA